UGUUUCUCUUCCAGAUGAAUGAGAAUGACUUCGUAUGUGAAGCAUGCAGAGAUCUUUUGAUAUUUGCAAUAAAUGAUAAUUUGCAACAAGAAGUUACCAGUGGUGAUGGAGAACAAGCUGGAUCUAGUCAGAGGGGCCACACUAAUGUGUGCCUUCUUUGCGGUUGUUCAAUUACACAAAGGCAAAGUGACAGGAUACUAAGAGACAAUCCUAAUGAACUCCAUCAAUCUAUGAUAGACAUAAUCAAGAACAAAGUAGCGCCACGGCAGGUAACAACUACCGAUAGAGUAUGUCAUGCAUGUUGGCUGAGAACUCAAAGAGAAGUACGUAGAAUGCAUCAUGUGGACAGUGAACAUGGACAACAAUCUGCAUCAGACAUUUCACAAGAUCGGGAGGAGUCUUCUGAUUUAAAUGAAAGAAGACCUGAGGGUGUGGAAGAUGAAACAAUCACACAAACGAUUUUAAUACCUGGAUAUAAAAGAGCUGCAAACAACAAUAAAAGGUGUGUUUUUCUCAAUUGCCCUCAAACAACACUGAGAAGCAUAUCAGAUAAUUUUCGUGCUCUUUUGAUUAAAGAUCAUAGGUUUUAUAUACCUAAAUUAGCUCGUAUAUGCGAUGAUCAUAUAAAUAGCAAUUUGUGGGGUACACUUUUCGAAGCUGAUAACUCCAUUGAAACAUUUAGUGCUGAUCAAAUAGCACAUGUUUUUUCAUUUGUCAAUUCUUUAAAUGUGACAAUAGAUUUUGAAAACCCAUUAGAAAUGGAUGAUCAGCUAUUUCGCUACUGGAUUGGGUAUACAAAGGAUCAAUUCCGUACACUAUUAGAAGAAAUGCCUCGAUUGAGUGAAAUUAGAAAAGGGACAGUGGGUUUAGCCAUACUGUUAAUUAAAAUGAGAACUGGAGACUCAGAUGAAAGAAUCUCUUUAUUAAUUGGAAUGCCAAGAAGAACAAUGGAGACAUUAAUGCAUAAAGUGCGUGAAAUUCUUGUACAAGACUUUGUUCCUUCCAAUUUAGGCAUCAAUCAUAUAUCAAGAGAACAGUUGCGUCAACACUCUCUAUCAAUCCCUGAAGGUUUAUAUGGGAAUGGAAGUAAUGCCAUUGUUAUUUGUGAUGGUACAUACAUUUAUAUUCAUAAAAGUUCCAAUUACAUGUUCCAAAAACAAACUUAUUCCCUACAUAAAUACCGAAACUUGGUUAAACCUUUCUUGAUUGUAGCAUGUGAUGGUUAUAUUAUUGAUAUUUUCGGCCCAUACAAGGCAACUACAUCAGAUGCUGAUAUUAUGAAAAGCCUCUUUUCAGAAGGAUCUGCUCUAAGAUCAUAUUUUUUAGAAGAUGAUGUGUUCAUUUUAGACCGUGGUUUCAGGGAUAGUAUUAGUUUAUUAGAAGGAUGUGGGUAUAGAACUUGUACACCAGAUACACUUUUAGAAGGAGAACGCCAACUUACUACAGCUCAAGCCAAUGAGAGUCGCUGCGUAACACUGUGUAGAUGGGUAGUAGAGGCUGUAAAUGGUCAUUUCAAAACUAAUUUUAAAUUAUUUAGACAAGAAUACUUUCACUUGGCUCUGCCUAACUUAUGUGAACUUUUUUCAAUUGCAGCGGCUCUAUUAAAUAGGUUUGGUGUUCGAUUUCAAGACAAUGUGUACGUAAAUGAAAUAUUAGAGAUAAUAAGAGAACGUAAAACACUUGAAAAUAAUUUAUCAAAUAAAAUUGAUGAAUUAAAUAUGAAUAGACGCACAUCCUUCUUUGAAAGCAUCACAGCUGAUAGAAAUAAUAUUUCAUAUUUCCCUGUAAUGGAAGAGAGAGAUUUAAUAUUAUUCGCUCUUGGAACUUACCAGAUUAGGCAAGCCCGGUCAUACUAUGGGGAACAUAUUAGAAGUCAUGGGGGAUACAGGAUAGAAGUGAGUAGAGAAUAUGUGCGAUCAUCUGAAUAUGAUCUUAGGGUGCGUCCACAUCUGGCGAAUGUGCCGCGAAUGUGCAGCUCGCGAGCCGUUUGCGAGCUGCGCGCGUACAAUUUUGUUCGAGCGCCGCUCCUGCGCCGCCCGCGCGCAGUUCACGCGCAACCUAAGCGCCGUACGCGAUCAGCGCGCGGGCGGCGCGCUAGCGGCUCGCGUCUUCCUUCCACCCGCGUCUCAAUCCCCGCACCCCUUACCCGCUCAGUUCGUUUCUGA